AUUCUUUGUUUUCCCGCGUAAGAAUACAAAUAUUGAGUGCUAUCCGGUCAGAGAAAUCUCAAAUAAAAAGAUAUUUAACGAUGCAAUGAAAUAGUAUUUUAUUUUUUAAAGGACAGGAAAUGGUCAAAUCAAUGUAAAAUUUUGGUGUCUAAUGGACAGAAAAGACGAAUGCAUAUGAUGCGAUGUGAAAAUACGCCCAAUUCUAACCCUGAUAAAGAACAGUAUGUGGAGGCAAAGUACGACUACGUCGCUCAAGAAACAAAGGAAUUGUCAUUAAACAAAAAAGAAAGAUUGUGCCUUUUGGACAAUUCAAAGUCUUGGUGGAGAGUCAGAAAUUUACAUGGAGAUGAGGGAUACGUGCCGUCGAAUUAUGUAAAAGUUGUUAAACCGUCUCUCUUCGAUACAUUGAAAGGAAGUCUUAGAAGACAGAAAAAGAAAGAAAAAGUUCCACCGCUUCCUCGCGGCGAUGCUUCUCAACAUUCCUCCAAUACGACGACUGAAACACGAAAUUCAACUGAAUUUCGUAUUGUAAAAUAUACUUAUGAACCGAAGAACGAGGACGAACUUGCAAUUGAAAAAGGUGAAAAAGUAUGGAUUGUUGAUAAGUCUUCAGAUGGAUGGUGGAAGGGAAGAAGAGACGGUUCAAAUCACUUAGGCUGGUUCCCAUCUAACUAUUUAUAUGAUGAUGACAGCUACAACACUGCCGAUGAUGAGCCCGAUAAUUCUUACGAUGACAGCUGCGUUGAACGGGUUCUCACUCUAUAUGCUUAUUCAGCUCAAUCAAGCGAAGAGUUAUCUUUUGAUAAAGAUGAAAUGUUAGAUAUAUUAAAUAAACCAGAGAAAGACCCGGACUGGUGGAAAGCCAGAAAUAAUCGUGGCCAGGUUGGACUUAUACCAAAGAAUUAUGUCCAGUGUUUAUCCGUUUCUAAUGCAACGAGUGGAGAUAGUGGCAUUGAAAGGACACCAUCAAGUAGUACUCAUAAUACGACUCUAAAUCAAUCGUUUGGGGGCAUUCGCGCACAAGCUUCUGGAUUAUACGCCGGGAAAGAAUGGUAUUAUGGAAAAGUCGCUAGAAGUCAAUGCGAUCAAAUGCUAGAAAAAUACGGUAGCGAAGGAGAAUUUAUAGUUAGGGAAUCUGAAAAUCACGUUGGUAUUUUAUAGCAUUUGUAUUGAUAAUGUACAAUCAUUUAUUCCCUAAGUGCAAACGAUCCCUACAGGUGUAAUGUUUCUUGAAUAGAUUGUCAGUAAAAGAAACGCUCGAUAUUAAAUGUUGAGCCAAAGCUUAAUUGCCCUACUGAACUAUCAAAUAACAAAAAAAAAUAUUUAAAAAUAUAUUACUAAUGUGAUAUUUUCUUUUCAGCCUGGAGAAUAUACAUUAACACUACGAGCACCGGUGAAAACGAAACAUUUCUUAAUCAAGAGAUUUGAAAACGAUAGCGUUAAAAUCGGUGAAAUGACUUAUGAAAGUAUGGAUGAGCUUGUGUCGCAUUACAAAAGACAUCCUAUUUUCAGAAAUGAUAACCUAACAUUACAUUUAGGUAGGCCAUUUUGUCACCCCGAAUUUUAGAAGUUCACGAGAAAAAGGUCUGGUCAUCUAGGUGCCAUUCUACUAAAAAAAAGCAACUGUUCUUUAUUAUAAUUUUUAUUCUGGCUAUUAUCUUUUCCUUUAAAUCUCAACGUUUACGCAAAAACGUUUAGUCAUUUGAAAGUGUGAAUAUCGUAUGUGUUUGUUUUUAUUACAUUCAUGCUGCUUGAUUAGCGAAUUUUUUUGCGUCAGCUAUAAAAUAUAUGCAAAUACUUUGAUUAAUUGUUAAUUUAAUUAAUUUGAAAAUCAAAAGAAAACAACGACUGACUGACUUAUACUGUAUCAUAUAUAUAUAUAUAUAUAUAUGU